AAACAGAUAUUUUGGGAAGAGGGAAGGCAACCGGCGUCGGAGGGCUAAACGGCGCGGCGCGGAUGACGGAAAAUGAGAACAAUGGCGUUGGAACAAACACUGGUUUCCACUAGGAAGUCCGUCGAUUUUGUCCUCAAAAACCGUUUUUCGGCUACCAGAUUUUCGGCUCCGACUUCACCAUUCUCUCUGCGGUUCUACUCGGAUGUUCCUAGACGUUCGAAUUUCCGUCGCAGCUUGAAAUGCUCUGUGGAUUACAAGGACCAAGGUUACGACUUUCAAGCGUCUUACGCGAGACCACCGGAAAUUCCGUGGAGCAAGGAGCUGUGUAACACGGUGCAUCUCAUUGGUGUCGUCGGCAACCCAGUGGAAAUCAGGCACCUUUCCUCCGGAAAGGUUGUUGCUUGGACUAGAUUCGCUGUCAAAAAGUCGUCCACAGACAGCGCCUGGAUCAAUUUGACAUUAUGGGAUGAGCUUGCAAACAUUGCUUAUCAGCAUGUGGAGAAGGGCCAGCAAAUAUAUGUUAGUGGUCGGCUGGUCUCAGAUACAAUUGAAGGUGAUGAUGGGAAAAAGCAGACGUACUACAAGGUAGUUGUCCGGCAACUAAAUUUUGUUGAAAGGAGUUCCAUCUCAAUGUCCUCAUAUGAUCUUGACUCCAACUGGACAUCAGGUAAAAGAUUUGGCAGUUAUGGUGCAAGUGCAAGUUCUAUAGAAGAACUAUGGCAAGCAUUUUUUGCUAAUCCCGUGGAAUGGUGGGAUAAUAGGAAGAGCAAGGUUCUCAUUUCUUUGAUAGGACUGAUCCAACUUGAUUUAGACACCUUAGGAUUACAAUUUUUACUUUUCCUUAAUUUGCAGAGAAACCCAAAAUAUCCCGACUUCAAGCACAAGGAUAAUGGAGAAGCCCUGUGGAUUGAAGGAAGGAAUAAUCCAUCCUGGGUGAAGUCUCAAUUGCAAAUCCUAGAUUCCAGAACAGGCUCACUUAGUGAUCGGGAUGAAAGGAUGCAUGUGAAAUCAAUGUCCGCUGAUGAAGUCCUGCCCUUUUAACGGCCUGUUGUGAUGGUUUUGGAAUAUUGCCGAGAUGGGAGUGCUUCAUAUGAAUGGUACCUGCAUUUUGUGGUGGGAAAUUUUCUUCAAAUCUUGCUAGCCUUAAUAUAUAUAUUCCAUUUGGUAAGAUUGAUGUAUUCUUCUCCAUGGAAUUAAAUCUGUUUCAUUUGACCCUCUGGAAGUUGAUCGGUUAUUAUAAUAGAGUUAUUUUCUCUCGAUCGAUCUUUGAGCGGCAAUUAUCAUGCAUAAUAACAAUUCAAUGAUAUGCCGUUGACCUGAGAGAAAUCCAUCCAAGAAUAGGCUCUUGGUUUGAACACUACUUUUCUGGUGUUGCUUUUACUUUGCUUUCCUCCCUUGCCUUCCAACUGUUCACCAGCAAUUUCUAGCUGUUGUUUGAAAUUUCUGGCUCAAAAACCCCUAACUGUUGGGAUUUUUUCCUCAAUUGGGGAUCAUCUGAUGAAGUUUUGACCCAAGAUACAGUCUUAUUGACUUAUUGUAAUUAGUGAAACAAUGAGAAAUACAUGCAAUCCCCUGUAUAGGUUUCUAACAUUUGUGUAAAUCUUAUUGUAACAUAUAUUUGUAUAUCCUCACAACAAAGGAAAAAAAACUUAAGCAAUUUUCCCUUUGUACAUUUGGACCUCAGGGUUUUUUUUUUUUAUUUGGAGUGGGGGGGGGGGCGUUGUAUAUUCUUCUU